AUGUGGCUUGCGCGAGUCGCGGUCUGCAGAAUCUCGAUCGCGUGCUGCAUUGUCGCGCGCGCGACAAGCGCGUCUGAAGGUCUGUCCUCGGUGGACGAUGAAGACGGCAAGGGAGGCCCGUCCGAAGGCGCGACGUCGUCCUUACUCCGGGGUCUCGUGGCCAGCGUGGUUCCUGUGCUGCAGCGGUCAUUCGCUCGCACCAACGUGUCCGCAUUGUGCACCGAAGCGCUCAUGGACUUCUCCAGGAGAAUACUCAGGAUGGACAUCGCUGCUUGGAGGUUUCUGGACGCGACGGGGAAGUUUCCAUCUGGCAUCCUGGAAGGCACCACCGGAGAUCUGGGUGCAUACGACGAGUGCCUCGCUUCGAGACUCGAGCCGACCUCUGGAGACCGGACUUCGCUCUCCUCUCGAGGCCAGUACUGCAGCGUGUUUCUCAAGCCGAAGCAAUCACGGGCAAUGGACAAGCUCAUCGCACAGCUUACGCGCUACCCCGUCAUCAAGAAGCGCUUCAACCUCACCAUGGCGCGCAAGGCUAUCAAAAAGGGACGUGUCCGUGGCCUGCGCUUCGGGCUGUGUGUUCCUUCCUCCUGCUCGGCCGCCGAAGUGGAGGCCAUCCUUGCAUCACUAGCCCAGCUUAUCAGCCUGACCUCUGCGUUGACCAGUUGUCGAACCGACGAGAGCAACGAGUUGAAUGGCACACAAGUCGCCUUCAUUGUCAUAUACUCCACGCUGACAAUCUGCGUUCUUCUAGGAACGAUAGUUGACGUGCUAGAAAGGCUUAAGAAGAAGGAGACUACUCUACUGCACAAGGACAAAGACUCAGGAAAAUGGGUGGCAGCAUGGAAGGCCUUCUCUGCCGUAAGAAACACGGAAUCGCUGCUCAAGAAGACUCCACCCGAGCACGAGUGUCUAAAGUGCCUGAACGGAAUGCGCUUCUUCACGGCCUUGUGGGUCAUACUGGGACACAGCUACAACAUUCUGGACCCACACAUUCUCGGAAGAGGACUUGGAAUCUUCGAGAUGACGAACGAAUUCUUGUUUUGCAUCAUCGCGAACGCCUAUCCCAGUGUCGAAACAUUUUUCGUUCUCAGUGGAUUUCUUCUAGUGCACCAAAUGUAUCCCAAGCUCAAGGACGCUCGUUCAAGAACAAUGGUUUUCCUAACGGCUGAAAUUAGGCGGUACAUCAGGUUGACGGUGCCCACGGCUCUCCUGUUGGGCUUGGUGUUCCUCUUGCCCCUGUUGGUUCGCGGACCCGCUGCGGACCAGUGGUUGCCGGGCAAGGUUGCCAAAUGCUACCAGAGUUGGCCAGCCGUGCUUUUGCACUACAACAACUGGCUCACGCACGUCCGCAUAUGCUCCGGUCACCUGUGGUACGUAGCCUGCGACAUGCAGAUAUUUACCCUCGUCUCCGUCCUCUGCAUCCUCCUCUCUAUGAACGCAUGGUUGGGCAUCGCUGCCAUGGUACUCGUGUCCGUUGGCUGCAACGCCUUCAUUGCCUACUUCACGCACAAGACGCAGAUUGGACCUUCACGAGUCAGCUCGGGUGGCGACGUUUCGAAGAUGAUGCAAGCUCUUGAUCUGAUCCAUCAACGACCGUACCCGCACAUUGGAUCGUACGUGGCCGGAGCCCUGGCGGCAUUCGCUUUUCUUCGAUUCCGAAAUGUACGCAUCAGCAGGAUGGCGCAGCUGGCCAUGUGGUCGUUCUCGACGGCAGCCUGCGUCUAUGGAGUGUUCGGCGCGUUCAAGUGGCAGAAAGGAGCGCCACCUUGGGGCGCUGACGUGGUACUCUACAACGGGCUUCACCGCACGCUGUUCGCCGCAGGAAUAGCCUGGAUCCUUUACGCCUGCGCGUCGGGACACGCCGGCCUGGUCAACCGUUUCCUCGCGUGGGAGGCAUUCGUGCCGCUUGGCCGGUUAACCUUUUCCGUCUACCUCGUUCAUUUUUUUGUGCUUGUGGCUACGCCUGGAAUGGCCCGCGAGAGAAUCUACAUUGCACACUGGUUUCUGGUUCGUGGCUUCCUGGGCAACGCAGUGCUGAGCUACCUGUUCGGCUGGGCCUUCUACUUGGUCUGCGAGAAACCUUUCUCCAACAUCGAGCGCUCCUGCUUCAACCGCUUCGUCAAUCUACGCAGUCGUCAGCGGCCAAAAGGCAACGAGUCGAGCGCGUCGUCGAUGGUGGUGCUCGCCGCUAACCAGAGGAACGAGUCCCUGGAAGAGGUAUCUGCCGCGAGCAGGUUACAAGGAGAAGCGGUGCUUACGUCUGGCAUCGUCACCGCGGACUACGGGGGCUGCGGCCGAGACACGCGCUAAUCGGUCUUGUCCUCGGAAUUUUCUACACACUACUUUGGUAGCUUAUCGGCUAUGAAGUGUCACGCUACAGAGAUGGGAGGUGCAUGAAGCGAUAGGAAAUUUGGCUAGUGGGAACAUAGUAGCGAUGGUCAGCGCAAAAAAUAACACGGAAAAACAUAAGAGUCGUGUAUAUUAUUUUUUUCCUGUCCUUUUUCGCGCUGACUGUCACAGGGUAUUUGGAAGA